GGUUUGCAUACCACGUAUACCGCUGAAAACCACAUUGAAGCAGCUAGUGGUCAUACCUUGGCGAGGUGAUCUUCCUUGCUGACGGUCGUGUUGGCCAGGUCCAUGCGCUGAUCGCAUAAGAAACUCCCGCUGCAGCCAUGUCAUUAUGGGAUAUAACCCUUUUCUACCCACCGCUGGCGCCAGGGUUAACGUCCUGUGCGUCCCGGCUGGUCCAGUCACGCCCGGACGAUUUCAGGAUUUUACAAAGUUGUUGCAGGACGCGGCGAACGCGAAACUCAAUCAUUUGACUUCCUCGAGCUCUGCCCAGGAUGGCCCGCGAACAUCGAGCGAAGACAAUUGCAUCUUAUAUGAGAUUUCGCCAACGCAGGACCCGGGGCGACCGCAUCUAUUUCCUUUUGAAACCAACAGCCGAUGCCAGAUAUUGCUCGGGCUCAUAGACGGCGAGCGGAUUGAAGACAAUGCGUCUGAGUUCGAUGUCGAGGACGGGGCAUCCACAGCCGCCUUAUCGGAUCUCGAAGCGAUUAAAACUGGCUUUUCCCAGCAAUCACCGUCCCACCUUGGGUUGCUUGUGCGUCAGUUGGUUUAUUUCAGCAAGAAGAGGCCUACCUCGGUUGAUCGCGAUAUAAUCUUCAUGUCGGACACUCAGGGUGGUGCCGUUGCACGUGAAUUUGAGGCCGAAUUAUCAAAUCCAUUCACGGCGAAGGUUGAGGCCAUGCUCAAUGAACUGAAGGAUCAGCCCAUUAGUAUGGUCCCAGGUGCCAACGCCCAGGCGUGCGUCCGUAGCAGCGAUACGCCAAACCCCAGCACUCCGAGUCCUGCGUCAACACCGGUACCAACUCCGAGCAGCGGGUCCUCGAUAGUCGACGCCGACACGCAGAGCGAUACCUCAAGGGGGCGUUUCAAGAUUGUCCACGGUAUGUAUCAACUGCAGUGCGGGCUUUGGAGUGAUGCUCUGAGUUUGCUUGCCGAUGGAGCAUCUAUGGCUCAGAAUGGACAUGAUCACCUCUGGCACGGAAAAGCUCUUGAGAGCCUUCUUUUGUGCAUGUUGCUGUUGUCCUGGUCCGGGCAGGGCUUCACAGUACCUCAAGUAUGUCGUUCUUUACCUAAUAGAAGCGGCAUUUUCCAGACAGAGGUGUCAUCCAAGACCGGAGACUCACACAGAGCUCUGGCUGAGUUGAUGCCGCCUAUGGUGGAAAGCAUUCUCGAGCUCUACGCAAAGGUGUCGAAUCUUGACCUAGGAGGAUCUUUGCAAGACGUCUUGAGAGAAUCCCGUAUUAGGGCUGUGAAUAUACUUGUCCUUGUCAAAAGCAAUGGCGGUAUCUUAACCCAGGGUUGUCUCGAUCAGCUUGUUCUAGGCCGAAUGGAGACUCCAGCUGGCGGGAUACCGGUGGCGGGCGAGCCUGUUGCGGUAUCAAAGGCCGGAUUAGCCAACAUCUUGAUCGAGACACUCCAGGCUUCGCAAUCGAGCAAUUACUCUACCCAUUUCACCAGCAUCUUGGUCGCGGUAACUAGCAGCCUUUCGGUUUUAGGGCUGAGCAGGAAGCAUGCGUUCUAUCUCAAGCAAAUGGUACAACAGUUCGUUACCAAAUUGAUUGAAGCGCGAAAGAUUGGUGCUUCUGCAGUUGGUAUCCAUCCUGCAGCUGGACUUCCGCCUGUCAGCCAUGCGCUUCAAGGGAUCCUUCCGGAAAUGGCCACAGGCAUCAGAAAGAUGUUGAGCCUUGUGGCUGAUGCAUACGGAGCCCCAGUGCCUCCAGUUGCUCCCCCCAGGCACCUGAUCACUGCAGAUAUCAACGUUAUCAGUGAGAAAGUCCGCACAUGGGCAGCCGAGCAUAGCUAUGGAGACCUCGUACUGAAGUUAGAAAUGCUGAGGACUUGUAUAAGCGUCUGUGAGGCCUUGCCGGAUGUUCCAGCAGGCCUUCAUUUCACCUCAUACAUUCUGCAAGCAAGCAAGCGGGUCGUUACACUCCCAAGACAAUCCACCAAUGUUUCUCCGCCAUUGAUGUCAGUCGAGGAACAAGCCCGUCUGUUGGACAGCAUGAACCGUGCAGCCCUCGCGGCCCCAAGGCUGGGUUUUCCGAAAUGCAGUGCGGAAUACUGGGACGACUUUCUAGUUCGGGAUGUUCAAGUCUUUGAACGAGAUGACGCGUCGAGACUAAUACCACACAAAUCCAGUGAUCUUGCUGUCCGAGGAAGUGGGCUCACCGACACCAUCCGAGACCCAUUUAUCUAUAAUCCGUUCGCAAAGACAAAAUCAACUGUCGCCGCACCUGUUUUGGUGGCGGGAGAACUCGCAUCUUUUGCUGUGAUCCUUCAGAACCCACUAGAAGUGGAAGUUGAGAUCGAAGACAUCUCUCUAGUAACCAAAGGCUGUUGCUUCGUGCCGUCGCAUCAUAGUAUUGUCCUGGGCCCUCUGUCGGUACAGACAUUUGCUCUGAGCGGCACACCCACUGAAGAUGGUGAUCUCGAAAUUGUCGGCUGCAGAGCGAGGAUCCGCAACUGCUAUGACCAGGAAUUCCUGAUCUUCCGUGAAGACUGGAAACCCUACCCCAAUCUAAAACACAAUGCAGUGGGCACAGUUCGUCGGAGGACGAACCGGAGUUCUAAGACGAGUGACGACCAUGAAACACUCCUUUCAAUCCAGCUGGAUUUACCAGUGCCCGCGUCCCUUAAGCUCAAAAUCAUCAGGCCUCAGCCACGAAUUACAAUACAGAGUGACGGCCUAGGAACGCCCUCCAUCAUGUUACUCGAAGGGGAGAGCCGGACUUUUGAUCUCAAGCUAUUCAACAAGAGCACUGAUGUGCCGGCUGAUUUUAUCUUGGUAACCACUGAAGACUCUGUUAGCUCAAGGCUGCAGGAAGCGCUUUCAAAUAAAGAUCUGAGCUCUGCCGAGAUCCAUGAAGUCCAAAAGCAGUUGGUUGAAAGCCCUGCCGUGGUGGUCAGGAAAAGGAACGUGGGCUCGUCAGCGACAAUCCUUGGGCCAGGGCAAGCCGGCAUCUACGAAGUCACCAUUGUCGGUCGACCAGGUCUCGUCAGUGCCACGGUGCAGGCAGACUACGCGUAUCUCGGUUCGCCCUCCCAGGAAGUGAAGGGAACGUUCUAUACGAGACAGGUCCGCUUUUCACUCUCCAUUACUGUUAACGGCAGCAUCGAGAUACCACGAUGUAACAUCUUGCCAAUUCAUAGCGACUUUGCUUGGAGAUCGAACACCACACUAAGACACGGCAGCGAGCAAGGCCCACAUCCGCCCGUCCAAACCACAAAAAACAACAUCUUCGCACUUUCUGAUUGGUACAACGAUAUAGGGACAGGCUCGGAUAACUAUUGCAUGUUGUCAUUAGAUUUGCGUAACGUUUGGCCACGACCCCUCAGCAUCGACAUACAAGCCCGAAAGCGGAGUUUGAAUUCAGACCUCGAGAAGACAGAAUGGGAGGAAGCGUUUACAGUUCUUGAAACGUUGCAGCCAGGCUACAUCACCCGGGUUGUGCUGCUGAUACCACGUCUGUUCAUUGAGGAUUCUCACGCCCAAAUACCCAGCCUCGAGACGCAAAAGCAGUUUGUCGUGACGACGUCUAAACUGAGUGCUGAAGCAGAAGCCGCAAGUAGGGAGUCAUUCUGGUACCGCGAAGAGCUCCUGAAGUGUUUGCGAGGCACCUGGAAGGACGAAAGCUCGGGCCGUUGUGGAGAGAUCGAUCUUCGGAAAGGUAUCAGACUGAGCCCGCGACUAGUUGAUGUUCUGAAGUUGGAUCAUGUCGACUUGACUUAUGCUCUCCAGCCCUGUGAUGGGCAAGGGAACCGGGCUGAUGGCGACGCAAGUACUCCCGUGAGACAAAUUGGGAGAUCACAUUUUAUCCUCAAAUCCGAGACGUUCGCGACCUUAUCAGUCAAGGUGCACAACCGUACUCAGGAUAGCCUUCGACUCCUUCUCCGGCUCCAGCCCUCACUUCGAAAUCAGCCACAUACUAUAGCGCUGGAUCUUUCUCGACGGUUUCUGUGGUCUGGAGUGCUCCAGCGCGCUUUGCAUCCUGCCGUGGAAUCUGGCGGGACGGCCGUGGCCGAGCUGGGCAUCAUAGCACUUGUACCGGGCGAUUACAACAUAACUGCAUCAGUCGAGGAGAUCAAGGCUCGGCGCGCCAAGUCAGGGGAUUCCGUGAGCACAGGCUCCGGAAGGAGGAUCUGGCACGCACGAACGCCGUGUCUGAUCGAUGCUGUCAACGACGACUGAUACUGUUGGAGGGGGCUUCUAUCGCUCAGAGUACGGAUAGGACAAGGUCGACAAUCUGUAAGAAGACGUCCCUCUCCAGCUCGACUUUGGCAAGACCCAAUCCGAGCAUCAACUGGCGGUUCUCCUCCGGCGACUUGGUGAUGAUGGCAUUUGCGAUUUGAGAGGCGUACAGCUGACCCAUCGCCUCGCGAUCGGAACCACCAGCCCCAAGCAGUGUCCGUGGAGAAAACCGAGUCGAUGGAAGAAGAGCAUCAUCUCCCGAGCGGUUCGUUUGGAAAUAUGGAUCCGAGUCCGUUGGAUUCUCGCUGAGAAGUGGCACGGUAACCUGACGAUGUUGAGCAUAGCCCUGAGCAUAAAGCUUUCUAUAAAAAACAUACCCAUUGCGAAAGUCUCCCAUUUUGUGUAAUUGUGAUCAUUAUCUUGUCCGCAAACGACAUACUCAUAACGUCGGUCUUGAC